AGCAGCCGUGACCACACAGGUGGUGGAGAGAUGUCUUCCAAAAACGUCGUCGAGCCUCUCCUUGUGAACCCAAGCUUCUACAUCAAAGAGGGCCUCAGGGUAGGAUAUCAGAUCACUCUCAAUGGAAUUGUUCUUCACUCCGGUGGAACCAGGUUUGCUGUGAACUUGCAGAAUGGCCUCAGUGAUCAGAACAUUGCCUUCCACUUCAAUCCCCGGUUUGAAGAAGGCGGGUAUGUGGUCUGUAACACAAAAAAGGAAGGAAGCUGGGGCACAGAGGAGAGGAAUAUGCACAUGCCCUUCCAGAGGGGGAAUCGCUUUGAGCUCUGCUUGGUGGUACAGAACGAGGAAUUCCAGGUGCGUGUGGAUGGAAAAUUAUUUUUGGAGUAUACACACCGUGUGCUACCAUUGCGCAACGUGGACACCAUCUCUGUCACUGGCGGAUUGGGGGUGUACAACUUUAACAUCCAGCUCAGCACCCACUCAGCCUCCUACUUCUUUCCACUCUUCUCUGACAUUCUCUAUUCCCACCCCAGUUAG